AACAAAUUGUGAGAGAGCAAAGAAGGGAAACAGCCGCACAAGGAAAGAAAAAAAAAACAAAAAGAGAGAAAAGGGUGAUAGCAGCCGCAGGAGAGAAAAGGAAAGCAAAAAACCAAGAGAGAAAGGGAAACCGGAGUGCAAGAGAGAAAGCCAAGAGAAAGGGACUGAAAGAAAUUGUUGACAGUAGCGAAAGAAGGAGAAGGGAGAGCUGCUGCAAAUCAGAGAAGAAGUAGAAAAAAAGGGGUUCAGUUCUUCAAGGCAAUUCUUUGCAAUUGGACAAGAGGAUGUUUGCGGAAGCAGUGAUAGGAACCAGUGACAUAAGACGAGACAGCCCGUGGGAAACUAGAGAUGCGUUGGAGAAAUUACAGGCAGAACUCGGAGAUAGUUUAAAAGAUGAUUUACCAUUGGGAAUUGUUCGGAAGACGCAGUUUCAAGAACAGGCACCACCAAGGCUAGCGCAGUUUUGGGAAGCACAAAGUAAUGAAGCACGCAAGAAUUUUGGGAAAUUUAUGGACAUAUUGGGCAUUUAUUAACUGUCAAAACAGCUGUAACUCUUCUUCAGGCUGCUAUGCAUUACUGGGACCCUGCAUACCGCUGCUUUACUUUCAAUACAACAGAUUUGUCUCCAUUAUUAGAAGAAUAUGGUCAGUUGUUGGGAUAUGAUCCACAUGUGAACAAGGUUUAUAAUCCGGGGGAGGUAACUGAUGGAAGGAAGAUUGUUCAUCGAUUUUUACAGAUAGAGCAUACCAGGACUCCUGGAAAGGAUAAAGGUAAUAUUUGGGUGUUUCCAAUUGACAGACUUAUGGGUUUCGCUCAGGGGAGGUUUGCAACUCCAGAAGGGCAGAUGGCUUUUGCUCUUGCGGUGUAUGGAGCAGUGUUAUUUCCUUGUGCAGGAGGAUAUGUAGAAAAGAAUGUGAUCAAAUUGGUUCACCUUGUCAAGUAUGGCACCAAUCCAAUACCUGCAAUCUUAUGUGAGACAAUCCGAUCCCUUAAUCAUUGUUGCAUUCAAGGAGAAGGCAGUUUCCGGGGGUGUUCGCAAUUAUUAGGACUCUGGUUGGUGAGUCACUUGAAGUACCCAAAAGGAAUUGGAGCUCCGAUCAUUAUAUUUGAAGAUCACACCCGGAUGCUUAGAGAUCCUAUUCAGAAUUUCAAGAUGGCGAGGAUGCAAUCUAAUGUACCAGCUGUUGAUGUGUGGAGACAAUUCCUGGAAGAGUUAGAGCCGAAGGAGACAUUUGAUCGAGCAACAUGGUACAAGCCCAAAGGUUUGCUUUACAGAUGUGGUAAUUACAACUGGGUGCCAUUGGUGGGACCCUGGGGAGGUACCGAUCAAGCACCAACAAUGUUUUUACGUCAAGAGGCUGGCAAUUUAUGCACGCCAGUUACACAUGGCUUGUGGGAGUUUGAAUUCGCACAUGGGGAUGAGAAGGGGAAAUGUCUAUCUCACCAAGUGGUAGAAGCCUGGAAAAGGACCCAUAUAAUGGAGCACGGAAGGCUUACUGUAGAUUCGGAAGGGAAAAAUCGAUAUGUACAAUGGCUCCGAGGAAGGAAGAAGACUAUUACCCAGUAUGGCAGCUUUACCAGUACGAAGAGGAAGGAGACUAUAUCUUGUGAAAAUGAAAAUUCAAGUCUGGAAAUACCAUCCAAUGAGAUUAAUGAAGUGGUGGACACCCUAAUAGAAGAAAAGGUAGAAACAAGGCAAAAUUCAUGGAAAGAGAAGUAUAGUAGAUAUAAGAACAAAUGCAAAAAGCUGAAGAGGAAGGUCCAGGGGGAGAGGGAAGCCCGAGAAGCGGAAAAAGGACAGUUUGAUAUGUUGAAAAAGAAAUUCUUGAAGCUGCAGAAGAAAAUGAAGAAAAGAAAAGAGAAUGAUUUAGCAAAGCAUAGCAGGACACAAGUGGAACUCCAAGAAGUGCAGGAGCAGAUUCGGAAGCUAAAUGAAGAGCUCGCAUCUUGGAAAGAAGACGCUUAUCAACUACAAUUGCAGAUGCAUGCAGAUAGAGAAGAGCAAAGAAGAAUAGAAGCUGAGAAAGAUGGAUUGAUAGAACAGAUGAAUGAAAUGUUUGAAGUGAACCAGCAACAGGUGGAGGGGAUCACAACUUUAAAGGAACAGAAUGAUUAUUUUCAUUCAAUGCUGGAGGAGGUCCAACAAGAGCAGGCAAGUACCAAAUUCAAAGUAAGGUUGAUGAUGAGUCGUUUGAUGACCCUGUCAGAUUGGGCUGAGGUUUAUGAACGACGUCUGCAAAAUUUGAGUUCCAACCCUGUUUUGGAAAUGCCAGAGCUGACAAAGAUAUGGGCAUUUUUGAAGAAUUUGAAAAGUGACUUACAGGAGCUUCAGAAGAGGUUAAAUGCAGUACAAGUAGGAGGUGCUUUUGUGGUUGAAAUUUCGGUUAUUCAAUUGGACUGAAUCUGAUGGUUCUCAUGUAUGCUUUGAAUGAAUGAAAUGAAUAACAGGAGAUUCUACUUUUAAUUGUCUUGUCCCAUUGCAAAGAAUACUUAGGAUUUUCACAAAUAAUAAUCACAUGCAUGCACAUUUUUAAAAUAAAUGACAACUAAUGUCGUUUUUAUACUGCACAGAAAAUCAUAAAUAAGCAUAGCGCCCAAGAAGCAUCAUUGUCACCCCUAUCAGACUCGCUUUAUGACAGUUUUGUGUAUGAAGGGAUGCAGAACAAGAUAAGUUUGGCUGAUACUGGGGUAGUUUUUGAAAAAUUGCUAUUUGAAAACUCGAUUGAUGUAACUGGGGCAAUG